UUAUGACGAAUGUACUUGUUCCAGCAGCCACCCCCUUCGCCAGCAGUCGUCAUGCAACGCCAGUUGAUGCUUCGCGAGCGAGCCAAUAUUUUCUCGAUCUAAAAGACGAAGCAUGCGUCAAAUGUUUUCUCGCCCUCUGCAGUCGACGAUUGCAUGGCAGUCCUCCACGUUUACAGUGUCGGGGACACGGCGCUUACUGUAACCUGUGCCUCAGCGCCCCUUACUAACCUCCAUUCCUCUUGCUUUCACCUACACCACUCCACCCAUCUUGUCAGUGCGCUGAACAAGUACCAAACGCCAUUCUCGCACGACCGAAUGACACUUCCACUGCGGCUAAUGAAUCACAUCAAGCGCAUAACUGCACGCCUACAACUGCAGACUAUUAGGCGACCGUUCACUACUGGACUGGUUGCUGCUGCUGCCACAGGUUGGAGCGUUGCGAUGGUGAACCACGGAUUCGGCUUCGGAUUGGCAGGCGUCAGGCGUGGUUCUCGUGCAGCUGCCUGGCAAUCAAGCAAAGGGAGCGUUGAUCGUGGAAGCGCGUUUUCUAUAUCCCAGAGCGCUGGAGCUGGGGGGUCGGGGAGUCUCAUCCUAUAUGGCGUACCAACGGCAGGCGCUGCCCUUAUCACCAUCUACUCUGGGUACAGGAUGCGCACCAGAACGACUAUAAGACGUCUGUGGUAUAGAAGUCGGAUUGGAAGUCAACGAUUGCGCACCCAAAGCAAUGCGAAGCAAGAGAGCGCUGGAUGUUAAGCAGUAAUUGAGUCGCUGUGAUUGGCUCACGAAUGAAAUAAUGUGGGGCCAAGCAUGCUAGAUCGGGAACAAGACAUUGUUGGCAUCGACUA